AAAGCACCAAGAUUGUUAAUAGCGUUGAAACCAAGCCGCUACUCAUCCUUUUUCACUUUAGGAUCCUACAUUAUGAACUUAUCUGCAAAACAAGAGUCUUAUUUCCUCUACAGUGUAAACAGUAGCUGUUAGACUGUGUUUUUUCCUGCUCGGCCUGUUGAAUUGCUUCCCAGGAAAAGUUACCAACAGUGUGUGUCAGUGUGCUAAAAUGCCUACUGAACUGAAGCAGAGGAAGAAGACGCAAAAACAAAGUGAUGAAGCGUCAGAAAACUCUUCUGCGAACGGCAAAGAUGAAGCGCAAAAAGCGAAGACGGAGCCUGGAAACAACACGGGAGCGAAUAAAACGUCUUCGAGUCUGGACAUUAGAAGUUUAAUGUGCUUAUUGUCGCUUGCAGCGUGUGGAGCUCUGAGCUGGAUGGUGCUGCAGCAGAACGAGAGGUUUUCCCAAAUUGAAGAAAAGUACAAAUCUCUGCACGGGAAGACUUCGAGUCUAUUCGACAUGGAGGAAGAAGUCCUCAAAGUCUCUAAGAAGCUUGCCGCCUCUGAGGAUGACCUGCAGGAGGCGCUUUCCACCGUCUCCUUGGCAACAAGACUCCAACAGGACAUCUCCACCCUCCACACGGCCGUCAUGGCGAUGCAGGCCGAUGAGAACUCCGCCUCCCGUGACCUGCAGACGGUCAACGCUCACUUCCUCAAUGUGACAGAGACGUGGCAGGAGCGUCUGGCGGCCAUCACCUCUGACCUGGCUGCCCUCAAAGCCGAGUCACGGGAAGCUCACGCCGGAGCCACCGAGCGGGUGAACGAGGCAGAGCGGAGGGCUCGGUCGCUGACGGAGAAGCUGGAGGAGCUUGAGGACAGCACAAAGAGAAACGCCCGAGCUCUGGAGCGCACAGAGGAGGACGACGCCACACGAGUGCAGGAUCAGAUGGACUGGAACACCAAGCAGAUCCACAAGCUGGAGGAGCAGAUCAGCAGCCUUUCCAAGAGGGAGGCUGAGCUCAGCUCUCAGCUCCAGGAGCACAUUCCCCGGGCACAGGAGUGUGAAGAACACCUGCCGCAGGUGGAGGAGGCGGUGCGCUCCAUCCUGAGGCUGGGGGGUGACCUGAGCGGGGCGGAGAAGAGGCUGGAGGAGGUGACGCUACAGGUGUUUGGGACAGAGGACAGCAUGCUGAAGGCGCUGAAUGAAAUCCUCGAGAUCAGACAGGAGCUGGACACCCUGCAGGCUCAAAACAGCAUCCUGAAGAUGAAAAAUGAGUUGUCCGUAGUUAAAGAGGCGGUCCGUGAACUCACCAUGGUGUUGAGGGAAGGUAGGGUUGACAGCCAAAACGACUUGGACACCCUGGAAGAGGAAGAAGGAUGGAAAGAUGAGGAGGAGGAGGAGGAGGAGUGGGAUAAAGACGACCAGGAUGAAACAAAUCAACCUCUUCAUGACGACCUCUCUGAAUGAUGUCAUUGUUUAUUUAGCAAGCGACAAGGAGUGAAUCUAAGUAUUUGUUGAAGUUCAGUAUUAAUGUUUUGUAAAAUGUGCACCUCAGUUUAUUGUCAGAAAAUUGUGACCAUCACUGUGUAAAAGUAACUAAUAAUUUCAACAUGAACUCAGGCACACAUGCACUGUAAUCCACAGGUACAGGAUAUAUUGUAGUGGUUUGGUUAAUGCAGAGUGAUGUUUUUAAGUUUCCACAGCAGUUUUAUAUAACGUGCACCUUUACUCUUAAGCCAGCCAUUUGCACUGAUACAACAUAUGACAAAAUAUGUGCCAGUCCUUCUGGAUGCAACUACAUUGGAUGUGAUUGACAGAGAAAUAAUUUCAGGUCCAGCUUUGAAUUGUGGAUUUCUUUGUCUUAUUUCAUAGAAAACAGCAAGCAGCUUGAUGAAAGUUUGAUAUUUUGCGUUUGGAAGUUUUGAUGGACAUUUUUAACAAUUUUUGGACAUUUCAUGGACUAAGUCAAUUAAUUAAUUGGUCAAUUAAGAAAGCGAUAAUGAUCAAAAUCGUAAGUUGCAACUCUGAGCUGCAUCUCUGUAAGUGUUACCUUAGAUAUGGAGCAGAAUCAGAUUUUGUAGAUGUGUAAUAAAUCUUCAUGUUUCUAGUGACUGUUACAUGUUCACCUGACUUUAGUUUCACCUGUUGAAAGCUCGACAGUUUUAUCAUGAUUUAAUAAAAUCACCUUUUUUGUAUACAGGU